AUGAACCUCCAGGAUUCCGAAGUCCGAUUGCUGGACACGGAGCGCCUCUGGGGCGCUUUCGUUACGCGCGACCGGAGUCUUGACGGGGCGGUCGUGUGUGCCGUGCGCUCCACAGGCAUUUACUGCCGACCGACCUGUCCUGCCCGCCGGCCUCACAGAUCGCAGGUCCGCUUCUAUUUCACGACUCGGGAGGCCAGGGAGGAUGGAUACCGCGCCUGCCGGCGCUGCCUGCCGGACCGACCAGAAACAGACGCCGAUCUGGUCAGGUCCGCCUGCAGGUUCCUCGACGAAUUUGACGAGAUGAAUGAGACGCUGCCAACGACGGAGGAGGUUGGGAGGGCAGUAGGUCUCACACCGGCCCGACUGCAAAGGCUGUUCAAGCUGGAAACCGGCCUCACGGUGUCGCAAUACGCGAGGGCCAAGCGGCUGGAGCGGUUCAAGGCCCUUGUUCGGGAUUGUGCUAACGUAGCUGAUGCUGCCCAUGGCGCGGGGUUCGCGUCGUCCAGCCGACUAUACGAAAACGCAACGGAGCAGUUGGGAAUGACUCCUGCCACUUACAGGAAAGGCGGCGCAGGCGCCCUUAUACGCUACAUUGUCACCCCGUCGGCGCUCGGCGGGUUGCUGGUUGCAGGAACCGCGUCUGGAGUAUGUGCAGUCAAGCUGGGGGACGACACGAAAGCCCUGGUCGAAGAGGUGGAGGCGGAGUUUCCAGCAGCCACCCUGACACAUGUGGAAUCAGAUGACGAGUCUCCUGAGGGCCAGAGCCUGGGGAACUGGGUUGCUGCACUGCUGAACUACCUUGACGGACACCGAGUAGACAUCGACCUUCCUCUUGACGUCCUCGCAACCGCGUUCCAGUGGCGCGUAUGGCGAAGGCUGCAGGCGAUUCCGACGGGCGAGACUCGAACAUAUCAGGAAAUGGCAGGCGACCUUGGCCAGCCGACCGCCAGCCGCGCCGUGGGACGGGCCUGCGCCACAAACCCUGUGGCACCCAUCGUGCCCUGCCACCGCGCGGUCAGAAAGGACGGUGGGCUGGCUGGGUAUCGCUGGGGGCUCCACCGCAAGGAAGCCCUGCUGAAGAUGGAGCGCAGCCAAUCCGACCAGUCGUCCUGA